AUGCCCUCGUCGUCGCCAGCCCCAAAAAGGCGCCGCGUAGACUCCCUCGGCAUCCACAAACCCUUCGUCUCGCCAUUAAAGCGCAAUCCCUCAGCAGCCACAGACCAGGCACCAACAACCAGCACUCCAAAACCAUCCUCACGGAUAGCUGCUCAAGCGCCUGCAACACCAUACACACCCCUCCGCAGCAGCAAUCUCAGAACCUCUACACCUGCCCCCCACUCCAAUCUUCAAGAUCCUGAAGUCGUACAAACGCAACACCAAAUCCGCGCCCUCGAAUCCCAAAUCCGCGACUUGCGCAGUCAAAACGCUGUAUUGCAACAAGCCCUCGACAUCACUUCUGUCCCUACCUCUUCAUCACCAACCACAACACCACGCCUCCAGCGCCUAGAACAAAAAUGGCGCAAAGCAAGUCAAGCAGCAGCCGAAGAAGUCUUUUGCUCUUUCUCGCAGACCAUAAAAGAUAAUGGUGGAUACACUGUUNNUUUCCUCAAACAACAAAACAAACCAAAGAAUUUCUUUGGGGAGGAGCAAGAGGUUGGGGAUGGGCGUAAUGAGGAAGAUUGGAGAGAUGAAGAUGGUGAUUGUUUGACGGAGAGGGGAAAAAAGCAACGUAGAGGGGAGAUUGAACAGAGGGCCAAGAAACAACAGGAAGAUGCAGAGAUUGAAGAAGAGGAGGAGGAAUUGACAUUNGGGAGUAUGUUGCAGGUCUUGAAUAUCCCGCCUGAGGUUAUUGGUUGGGAUAACAAGACGCUGGCAUGGAAGUGA